UGUACAAGAUGAAAGCAUUAGCCGGUCUCUUGGUUAUCUGCCUCCUUGGGUCAGUGGCCGCCAGUCUCCCGGAAGACGAUAAAGGUGAAGCCAAGUUUUUUGUUAAGUCGUAUUCCACCGUGACCUGGACCUUCCUCUCGUCACUUACCUCCACCGUCCCUUACACCUGUUUUACCACGGACGCUGCUCCCGAGGCCUGCCCCGGACGCAGACGUCGCCGAGUUAAGAAGCUCUCACUGGACACUGACACCGACAGCGCCUACCACAGCCUUACCAGCAGCAGCGGUGACAUGAUCAAGCCUGAAGACAAGACAUCUCCCGAAGAGAAGUUCUUCUUCACACUGUGGAAGACCUCCAGCACCACCGUCACCAUCACCACCUUCUCCACCAACCGCUCCAUCACCGUCUCCGCCUCGGUCAUGUGCACGUAUAGCGGACUAGUUCUUAACGUGUGUUGAGGCGGGGAACUCUGACACAAGCGACUCUCUGGUCUUCUGUUCAUCCACUUUAUUUUGAUUAACCUGUGAACGUCAUUUUACCCUUGGUUAUAGCGCUACAUAUUACUGAGUCUUGGUUGGCAUUAGCAUUAGUUUUACGUUUUUAGAACAUAUUUGGCGCAAUUUGAUGAAAAAACAAAACAAUGUUAUAUAAUUUAUACUGGAUAACCUGCCAGUGAUAGUGAUUAUGCCCCCUCCCCCCCUCCUAGACACAGACCCUCUCAUGUCACCUUCCUCCAUCGCUUGCCGACCGUGUGUUUCCACUCUAUCACAACUUGUACUGUCUAUAACGUAAGACGGAAGAAAUAACGUUGAUGAACAAGGGGACAAAAGUUUUGACAGGAUGCUGUUUAUAAUGUAUGUACAUAAUUGACCCCUGUGAAUAGAUAUAAGUAUUAAAAAAACAAAACAU